AUGGAAUCCUAUUCCCUACCUGCAACUCUAUCACCGCCCCUUGACGAUCGAAGCGCCAUAACUGACGCACUGUAUCGCUGCAUCCUCGGCCUCGAUACGAACGACAGUAAACUCUUCGAUUCAGCUUUUGCUCUAGACGCCAGCUUUAGCAUAAAUGGCCGUGUCUCGCAGGGUCUACCUGCCAUCCAUACCGAUUGCUUCGACCUGAUCUCCAAGCUGGACACAACCCAUUUUGUCACGAACAUCCGCAUCAAUAUUGAGGGAGACAAGGCUACUUUGACAGCGUCUGCACUUGCGCAACACUUUCCCGGUAGUAAGGGGAUGGCACCUGAUCAGAGUCGUCUUUUGACUGGUAGUCUUUACUGGGCAGAAUUGGUGAAAGAUGGUGCUGAUGGCUUAUGGAAGAUUGAAGCUGUUAAUAUGAAGUCUAAAUGGGUGGAGGGUGAUUGGGCAGUUCUGGCUGGCAACUAG